CCUAAAGCCCCGGUUAAGAGAUCCGAACUUUGUCGCGGCGCAUAUCAAAACCAGUCGUCGAAACAGAAGAACAUUAGCCCACAAUGUUUGCAACCCUGGUACGAAGGAUGGCGGGAGGGCCUAUACCUCCUGGACUGAGGAGUGCGACAAGGACGCCUUUAGCAGAGGCCUAUAUUAGUCCAUACAAACCCAAGAAGAUCUGGCCGCCAGAUUUCUCCAAGCUCUCCCAGAAGGAACAGUUCCGGUUCGAACGGCGCUACAAGCGGAGGGUAAAGCUUGCGACUGCGCGGCCGCGGUGGGAUAAGUUCGUUAAAUUGGCGCAGCUAUUUAGCGUAACUUCUCUCGUGAUUUAUUCGGUUUUGUUUAUGGACUGGCAGAUGGAGAACCAGCCGUUCCAAGGGCUAAGGAACAGUUUCUGGGACGUACUCGGCGCAUUCUCUCCCGAGCAGAGACACGAACGACGAACUCCCGAUAUAGCAGUCAUUACAAAUUCCAAGUAAAAUAUAUAUAUCACCUCUAUAUAUUACGAGCCUCACAUUGCAUGGUUGGAGUUUGGGGAAUGGUGGUUAGGAAUACCCGCUCGAUGUCAUUUGCACCCCCGUAUAAAGUCGGGAUACUUAUUCUAUUAUUAAAA